AUGGCAAAACCGCUAAACAACCCAACCGAUGACUUUAACACCAAUCCACGUCCACAUCCCACCACGAGCAUCUCUGAUGAUCAUGCUAUUCCAAAACAGUUUUGUCCCCUUGACAUCACCAAAGCAUCUCUUCGCGCCCUGCAAGAAGGGGCAUGGGGACUCGCCACUACUGCAUUUGAAUUGAUCGCUGCCCAUGCAUUCCAAGAUGACCCGAUCUCCUCGUCAUCCUCGUCAUCCUCGUCCCAGGCUUCCAAAGCUCCAGAUGAUGUUAACCUCGAACCCACUGAGUCUCGGGCCAUCAUCGUUGCGCGGUUGGAUCAAGCAGUUUUUACACCUCUUCCGGUUCCUAGGAUCCGUAUGAAGUGCUCCACUUGUAAGAGGACGAAGUGGAAUUACAGCCUAAUUAUUGGCGAAGGGGGCCCACUGGGUGGCGAAGAAUUCUGCACUAGUGACCACAACUCUGAAUGUGAGGAUGAGAUGGAACAGGAGGAGGAGAAGGACUGGGUUACUAAUGAAACUAUUGAUAUGAUUCAUUUUUGCCCUACACUGCCGGUGCAGGUGUGGAACGGCGAGAGAUUUGUGGAGCGGCCUUGUACUCAUGGGCUAGAGGUGAUUGAAAGAUAG